AAACUUCUCUUCUAAGUCUCUCUCUCUCUCUCUCUCUGUCUAACACAAACAAACCUCUUUUCUUCCCUUCACUCCCAAAGUAACUGUCACUUCAACCACUUCGCCGCCGUCACCCAUCUCCAUGAACGGCGGUGGAGGUGACUUGCCGCCGCCGGCAAACGGUGGUGAGUUCCUCCUCUCUCUUAUUCAAGGACCAAACCACCACCCACAGCCGCCGCCACAAUCUCCGGCGAUAGAUCCCGCCGUCGCUGUCGUAGGCCCCACGAUUCCCGUCGCCGCUUCUUCUUGGCCAAUCAAUGGUGCCGAUCAUCUUCUUCAUCAUCAUCAGCAUCAACAUCAACAUCAACAUCAUCAACUUCCUCCAUGGUCUCACACUCUCUCUUCUUCACCUUACCCUCCAAACUUUUUCGGGUUGCCCCAUAACCCGUUUCCCGCUCCUCGGGUACCCGCAACCCACUACCCUUCCACCUCAAUUCCCGUUUCUAACGCCGUUAGCCUCACUCACGAUCUGCGAAAAUUAGGGUUUCCAAUUGAAGAAAACGACAAUAGCAACAAUAGGGUCGACGCUUUUGUUCAGCAGCAGAAGCAGCAAGAGCUGAAGUUAAAGUUCGGUUCUUUACCCACUGUUGCUUAUACUGCAUCUGAAGUUUCUCCCAAUAGGGACUCGUUGCUCAAUUUGAAGUUCAACAGAAGCCACAACGGGUUCGAUAGGAACUUGCAUGUGGACCCCAAGGCUAGUCCCAAUUCGAAUUCGACUGGGAAUUUGGUUCUUCAUGGUAAUCAUGAUGAUUUUGACAAAGAAAGAAGGGGUCUUGGGAACUUUAGGGCUAUUGGGUCAUCAUCCCCUGAGCCAAGUAGGGUUCCGCCGGGGUUUGGAAACAUGACUAGGGGGAAGGGUCAUUGGGGUAGAAAGCGUUCGGAGAUUGGUGAGGAUAGGGUUGGUGUUGUUGGUUCUGGUGAAACGGGUGUUAGGAAUGUGAAUUUGUAUGCUAAGAGGGAAAGUGUGAGAAUGGUGUCUGGUGAAAGGAGCAAUGCAAGAGGCAAUGUCGUUCGUGAAAUGGGGCUUCCUGAUCAGCUUGACCACCCUGGUCCACCCACUGGGAGUAAUCUUCAUUCGGUUAAUGAGAUUGGCAUUGUUGAAGAUGGGGUUGGAGAUAAGCAUAAGGGUGGUGGUCGAUCAAGAAUGGAGGCUAUUCGUGGUGCUGAUGUUGGUGUCCUUGAGGAGCAGUUAGCCGAUUCCUUGUUGCUUGAGGAUGAGUCCGAUGACAAGAAUAUCUCGAGGCAACGCCGUGGUGCUCGGGAGAAGGACUGCUUGUUGAAGAACCAAGAUAGACUAUUGUGUUUUACAGUUAGCUUUCAAUCAUUGAAUUGUAAGGAUGCUAGAUCGUCAGAUUCAAGAGGACAGCAUCUUCUAAGCCAGCGGGCAAGAAUGUAUAAAAGACAGAUGAUGUGUCGAAGGGACAUAGAUAUUCUUAAUGUUCCUUUCCUUGCGAUAUAUGAGUCUCUAAUACCUCCUGAAGAAGAAAAGCUGAAGCAAAAGCAAUUAUUAGCGGUUUUGGAGAAAUUAGUUAGCAAGGAAUGGCCAACAGCUAAGCUUUAUCUCUAUGGAUCAUGUGCUAAUUCAUUUGGUGUUUCUAAAAGUGACAUUGAUGUUUGCCUUGCCAUUGAGGAAGCUGACUUGGACAAAUCCAAGAUUAUAAUGAAAUUGGCAGAUAUUUUGCAAUCGGACAAUCUACAGAAUGUGCAGGCAUUGACACGAGCACGGGUUCCUAUAGUAAAGCUCAUGGAUCCAGUGACAGGAAUCUCUUGCGACAUCUGCAUUAACAAUCUCCUAGCUGUUGUGAAUACAAAGCUUCUUCGGGAUUAUGCACGCAUAGAUGCAAGGUUACGUCAGCUGGCUUUUAUUAUUAAACAUUGGGCAAAGUCAAGAGGAGUCAAUGAAACUUACCAUGGGACCUUAUCUAGCUAUGCGUAUGUAUUGAUGUGCAUUCAUUUUUUACAACUUCGAAGACCUGCUAUCCUUCCAUGCUUACAGGAGAUGGAGGCAACAUAUUCUGUUACUGUGGAUGACAUUGAUUGUACUUACUUUGAUCAAGUUGAAAAACUUUGUGAUUUUGGGGUCCAUAACAAGGAAACAAUUGCUCAACUCGUGUGGGGAUUUUUCUAUUAUUGGGCAUAUUGUCAUGAUUAUGCAAAUACUGUUAUAUCUGUACGUACCGGAAGCAUAAUCAGCAAGCGAGAGAAGGACUGGACAAGGAGGAUUGGUAAUGAUCGACAUUUAAUAUGUAUAGAGGAUCCUUUUGAAAUAUCUCAUGAUCUGGGUCGAGUGGUAGACAAACAUAGCAUCAAAGUUCUCAGGGAAGAGUUUGAACGUGCUGCAGAUAUUAUGCAGUAUGAUCCAAGUCCAUGUAUUAAACUUUUUGAGCCUUAUGUUCCUAGUUGAUUCACUAGUUUUGAAUAUAGAUUUAUAGGUGAGGUGAUGGACACAGCUUGUAAAGCUUCUUUUGCCACAUUUCGUAUAUUAACUUAGUCUCAUGUUUAUAAGUGUAUUUAUUAGGGCUUUAAAUAUGCCAUCUCAAUGUAAAGAACUUUUUGGCCUACUUGAUAUUUUAUUCGAAUUUCGAAUGACAAGAAUUUACUG